GCCCAGCGGUGAGACCCGAAGUGUCGGCGGCAGCAGAGCUGCACGUGGGUACACCGCCGAACUGCGGAGAGAUUAACUGCAGUUACCUCUCAUCCAUCGCUGGCCUCGUGGUAGAGCCACGGAGAGGUGAGGUUGGGAAUUCCAUCUAGAUGGGAGGUAUUGUUUUUCCGUUCAAGUACAAGGCGCCCCAGGCAAAGUUGGGUAGCAGGUCGUUUUGCUGAAGAUUGGCUAUUCUUGAUCAUGCCAGCCUCAACAGGAUCCUGGGUGUAAAGUACUUGCUUGGCACUUUGGUAAUGGGCUGCUGUCUGCAUUUCCAGCAGUGGACAAAGCAGAGCCUGGUGCUCUGGUAAAAUUCAGCUUAGCCAUUCUACCCAUGAUGGGUGCUUCUACAUUAUGAACAAGAGUUAUUAACAAGCUGGACUCUCCAACAGCUGGACUCGCCAACGGUUUCCACCAGCCACUACUUUUUCAAAGGUGUCAGCAAUUGUACACCAACACCAACAAUGAAGUUUACUGUGGCAGACUAUGCUAUUUUUGUGCUGCUGCUAGUCUUCUCUGCAGGGAUAGGACUCUUCUAUGCACUGAGUGGUGGGAAGCAGCGCACUGUCCAAGAAUUUCUACUGGCCAAUCGUAGCAUGACCUUCUUACCUCUGGCUUUUUCAUUACUUGCCACUUUCCAGUCAGCUGUGGCCAUUCUUGGUGUCCCCUCUGAAAUCUAUCGCUUUGGGACUGAAUACUGGUUCCUUGGUUGCUCCUAUUUUUUGGGUCUUCUUAUCCCAGCUCAUGUCUUCAUCCCAAUCUUCUAUCGCCUACGACUUACCAGUACAUACGAGUAUCUGGAGCUGCGUUUCAACAAGGUGGUGAGACUAUGUGGAACAGCCACCUUCAUCUUCCAGAUGGUGAUAUACAUGGGAGUGGUCCUCUAUGCCCCAGCCUUGGCUCUCAAUGCAGUGACCAAAUUUGACAUCUGGGCUUCAGUGCUGACCAUAGGCAUAGUCUGUACCCUCUAUACAGCCCUGGGUGGACUCAAAGCUGUGAUCUGGACAGACGUGUUCCAGACAUUUGUCAUGUUUGCAGGCCAGGUGGCUGUGAUUGUAGUGGGUACUAUUAAGGUUGGCGGCAUAGGUCGUGUUUGGCAGCUGGCUGCUGAGAAAGGCAAGAUAUCAGGCAUUGAUCUGAAUCCUGACCCUUAUGAACGACACACCUUUUGGACUCUGGCUUUUGGGGGCGUAUUCAUGAUGUUGGCUCUCUAUGGGGUAAACCAGGCUCAGGUCCAACGGUAUCUAAGCUCCCGUUCAGAGCGCCAGGCUGUGUUGUCCUGCUAUGCAGUGUUUCCCUGCCAGCAAAUUGUGCUCUGCCUCAGCUGCCUCACUGGCUUAGUCAUGUUUGCCUACUACCAAGACCAUCAAUUGACACAGGAGCAGCUCAACGCUUCACCUGAUCAGAUGGUCCUCUACUUUGUGAUGGAUGUGCUUCAAGAAGUGCCUGGCUUGCCUGGUCUCUUUGUAGCUUGUCUCUUCAGUGGCUCCCUAAGCACCAUCUCUUCAGCCUUCAAUUCACUGGCAACAGUGACCAUGGAAGACCUGAUUCGCCCAUAUGUGGCCAACAUUCCUGAGAGACGUGCCACACUCUACUCCAAAUUGUUAGCUCUGGGCUAUGGACUUCUCUGCCUGGGCAUGGCUUAUAUCUCCUCCAUGAUGGGUCCAGUGCUACAGGCUGCCAUCAGCAUCUUUGGCAUGGUGGGAGGACCACUGCUGGGACUAUUCUGCCUGGGCAUGUUCUUUCCUUGUGCCAACUCUGUGGGUGCUGUAGUUGGAUUAAUUGCUGGGCUGGCCAUGGCAUUUUGGGUGGGCAUUGGGAGCAUGGUUAUCAACUACCAGUCUGUGUCUCCUGAUCCUACUGUUUUAGCAACUGAUGGGAAUCUAACUACUGCGGUCAUGACAACAUUGUUGACCUCAACAACAGCUCCAGAAAGGCUGACAGGGUUGCGGAAGUUUUACAAUUUAUCAUACAUGUGGUACAGCGCACACAACUCUACCACAGUUAUUGUGGUAGGACUGCUAGUCAGUCUUCUCACUGGUCCAACACGUGGGAGGGAUGUAAAUCCCAAAACGAUUUUUCCAGUGCUGCCACGAUUACUUUGCUGUUUGCCUGCAAAGUACCACGAAAUGCUCCGUUGUGGAGUACGUGACCCUGCAGAGGAUGCUAGUUGCUCAGAGCCAACCUCUUUGGGAGUGGAGAAAAUCAACAAUGGUGUGGCAAAUGGAUUGCCAAAAGGCCUGCCUUCCGGAGUCAAUACAGAAGAAGUUGAAGCAUCUGAAGGAUUCCCCCGGGUAGAUGGAACUCAUACUUAUGUCUUUCAGGAGACUACCCUGUGAACUGUAUGGAACAAAGAGACUAGUGGGGGAGGCACAGCAGGGAUCUGUUCUGAUCCAGGUGAGGAAUCCCAGAAUUCCUGGUACUAAAAACAUUCCAACUCCUUGUCAUCUUGGCAUAUCAUCUACUGAAUCCUAGGUUCUCUUAUAGAACCUUGGAUGGUUGUCAGGCCAGUCAGUCUAUCUCUUUUGGACAAUGUCCUCUCCUGUUUGUGGAAUGUUUUUUCCAAGCUUUUUCUCCUGCUCUUUUCAUCUCAUGUGCAUGUGCCAAUUUCUCUGAGAGAUGGCUAGGUACUUCUUCCAUUGGACACUUCAUGUCCAAUGAGCCACGGGUGGCAUUUCCAUGGUUUAUUGCCUCUUCUAUUAUCCUUAAAGUUUAGAUCUCUUUUUUUCUACCUGUAUUUAUACUUUUUGUCAGGUGUAAAGUGGGGCUCACCAAAAAAAAAGCCAUUUGACCUUAAAAUAGGAUCAAGCUGCUAUUGGGAUCCCAGUCCCAUCCCUCUGUCCCUUGAAAUGUCUUGCAGCAUCAAGCUACCAAAGGAAGGGAUGGAUCUAGCCAACACAGGCUCUCCACAAGUCCAACCAGCAGGGACAGGAGAGCCCACAUGGAUCCAUUCCUAAGUCUAGCACUUGUGGGGGUAUUUUGGGAGCACAGACAUUAAUAUGUUCCUGGUGUUUCUUGUCACAAAAAAUGUGACUCCUCUCGUCUUUAAGGCUUUGCCUGAAAGCCAGUUUGUUCUGUUUCUGUACUCUGUAGUUUAUGUCUGUGAGAAAUGUCUAUUUUCCUAAUAGUUGUCUUUCUGAUACUCAUCGAUUAUUUUUGCGGUUAGUAAAAACGAGUAUUGUUUAUGUUUGUUGCUUCAUAUUUGCAGUUUGCAGAGUUUGUCAUCUCACUUGCCCCCAGCUUUCUCAAUCCCCCCUUUUCCAUCUUAGGGGGAGGAGUCACUGUGCUUAAUAAAUACUGCAAUGAAGGGCUGCAAGUGAGGUUCUACUAUUGCACUCAUUUUUAUUCAUCACACAUAUUUUAUCUCCUGGUAAGAGAUAUCUUUUUGAAGCUCUGCACUGAAUUAGUGGCAUCCAUUGCAAUGGGGAGAAGCUUCCUAGGCAGAAUUUCUAAGAAAAGGCAAAGCAGUGAGAAUUUUGGAUGGAUCUAUUUCAAGGAGGAAGGACAUCGGGAAUGCUGCAUCUUCCAGACGCCAUGCCUUCUACUGAGACUUCAUUCUCUGGUGCUGUUGUAGUUAGUUGAAGAGUUGUCCUUCUGCCCACUUUUUGCAUUGCUAUGAAUGUACCCCAGGACCACUUUAUACACUAAAUCCUAACAAAACCCAAUUUUAUAUAUAACAAACCAUAUUAUGGCUUUUAAAUGAUGGCCUAAUUUAUACACAGCAUGACUAAGUUCCUAUGGCUUAGUCUAACUUAGCACGAUAUAGAAACCUAGUCUUUGAAUUGGGUGAAAAGCAGUGAAGAAACUUGGAUAAAUGUUAUCUGUUCCAAUUAAAUGAAGUCAACAGAUGGUCUUUUUGCUGACCUUUCUAUUGCUGUAGGCAAUGGGAAGGUCAUAAUCCUGUACAUGAGUGAUUGUGUGCUCUAAAGUACUUUCAACAGGAUGCUCCAGACUUCUGUAUCGAUACCUAGAGGACCUGAAGCUGCUAAUGCUUCUUCAUUAUCAAAUGCUCUUCAGAAGUUUAGUUUCAGUGUUUCAGCUUCAGUAGAUCCUGGCUGAUUUUGGAAAGCUACCUGGAGUCAGACCUGUUUAAUACUUCAGUGGAAUACAAUCAGGAAAUAUCAGGACUACAGAUUAAACUGAGAAGUAAAGGAAACAUGCCAGAAAAGAGAAUCCUAUUUAUUAGCCGUCCAACUUCAGCUAUAUUCAGCAUUUUAAUUUAGAUUCUUGCAUGGAGCAGAACACUGGAUUUAGUGGCCUAAAACAACGUUUCUGAAUUAUUCUAUCCUAGCUUUCAACUAUCACAACAAUUUAAUUUAUUCAGCAAAGCUUCAGGCCUCUAGCCUGCCCCUGUAGAACCAUUUCUUCUUCACUCAUUCCACAGUCCCAUGAAUAAGAGUGACUUGACAAACGUAUGAGAAAGUAAAAGGUGAUUUAAUCCUUUAAAAUAACCUUAGAAUGCAAGGAUGGAAUAUUGAAAUACAGCAGGGAUGGAGUUCCACUCCCUACAAAAGGUUUUGUCUGCACCUCAGUGAGGUUAGCUUGUUAGUGCUGUAACAGACUGUUGUGCAGCCCAAAAUGGAUUUACAAAUACAGCUUUGGCUGCAGCUCCUUUUCCAAAGAUGCUCCAUUAUUAGUUCUUCAUCCUUUUUUCUCCACAUCUGAAUAAAGGAAAGGUGAGAGGGCUGGUUGUUUUUUCUCAGAAAACCAAGGAAAACAUGACAACCAGAAUUAUCAAGAAUCCAAAACAAUUCACUUAAGUGAAAAAAGCUACAAAUAUUAAUUUUCUAAGGUGAUGAUUAUUGAAAGAUAUGGGGAGAGCCAGUAUCCCUCAGAUUUUGAGGCCAAAAUCAUUGAGAAUUGUAGGGAAAAGUGAGGAUUCUUUUUUCUGUAUCUUAGAAGUUGGGACCAUUUAAUUAUGCUAAAUGAUGGAUAUUAUUAAGUUGUGGCCUUCAAAACAGGAUUAGGCAAACUCAUGCAGAAGAAUACAGGUAGUCACAGACUUAUGACCACAAAUGAGCCCAUUUCCACUGCUAAGCAAGACAGUUAUUAAGUGAGUUUUGCCCCGUUUUACACCUUCCUUGCCACAGUUGUUAAGCAAAUCACUGCAGUUGUUAAGUUAGUAACAUGGUUGUUAAGUGAAUCUGGCUUCCCCAUAAACCUUUGUUUGUCAGGAGGUAACAAAAGGUAACUUGGGACACUGCAACUGUCAUAAAUACAUGCCAGCUUCCCAGUGUCCAAAUUUUGAACACGUGGCCAUGGUGAUGCUGCAAUGGUUGUAAGUGUAAAAACAGUAUAACACAAUUUUUUCCAGUGCUGUUGUCACUUUGAACAGUCACUAAACAAAUGGUUGUAAGUCGAGAACUACCUGUAUGUUAUCUAUACUGUUGGAGGCAGCUGGGACACAAACAGUGCAAUGCAGUAUUCAUAUUCUGCUUGUGUCUCAUACAUCUAAUUAAGCAGUGUGAUGAGAUAGUGCCAGGUUGGAAAGCAUGACUUUUCAUAUAUUGGUUAGGAAUAGUCACUAGAGUUCUGUGAGACUGUGGGGGAAGAUACAUCUCUCUAUGAGGGUCCCAGUCUUUGUCCCUUGCAGAUGUUUCUUUCCUCUUGGUCACUAAGGUAGAGAAGAAAGAACAGAGAUGUUAGCUGACAUUCAGAAUAUUUAAUCAGACAUUCACCAUAUUUAAUCAGGGAAUCCAGGAUAUAUUUUUUAAACAAGCAGGUUUCAUUUCACAGCCUGAAAAGGUUUGAAAAACUCAUUAAUAAACUAUCUUUGAGAAAUAGUCAUUCGGGAGAAGGGCGGUAUAAAAAUUUAAAUAAUAAAUAAAUAAAUAAUAAAUAAACAUGUUGAUAUUUUUUUAAUAUUUUAUGAUUUGCAGGGGAGAAUUUUAUGUAAGUCUAUUAGCAUGAUUUAGAUUAAAUGAACUGUAUUUUUAUACUAUGUAGGAAUUGAAAUUCUUUGAGCUAUUUUACAAGUUCCCAAAUCAGAGAAAUAAAAAA